GGAAACGAGUGUGCUGUGUGAAGUUCUCGCGACGGCGUGCCACGACGGUUAGUCGUGCAGGAAUCCCAGAAGACGGUGGGAAUCGGUUCGGAAGCGAAGUUCUAACCCAUCGGAGAACUAGAUUCAUUGAAACUUAUCGCCUAUAUCUGGCAACUUGCUAUUCUGGGAGUUAAGGCUGCUGGAUACCGGCAGCGGGGAACAAGGGGGACACGCCGGGACUCGUCCGUUUAGUUACACCCGGUCCCAGGAUGAAGGGGAUGUUUCUGGUGAUGAGCGCGAUGGCUUGGUUUGUUGCGGCGGAAGUUUUCCUUGGCGACGUCGACGAGCCGAUACCGAUGCUGAAUGUGUCGGCGGUGGCUGGCUUCAAAGCUCAAAUACCUUGCGACAUCGAUCCGGCAAGCAAAAGCGAGGUGGUGAGCAUGGUUUUUUGGUACAAAGACGAGAGGGACGGCGACCCGAUAUACAGCAUGGAUGCUCGCGGCAAAUCGAUAGCUCAGGCGAGGCUUUGGUCAGAUCCAUACGUAUUCGGCGAAAGGGCGACCAUGAGGACGAGCGUGGAGCCCGCGAAAUUGGAGAUCGAUCCCUUGGAGGCGGACGACGCGGGGGUGUACAGGUGCAGGGUGGAUUACAAAAAUAGCCCGACGCGAAAUCAGAAGGUUAACCUCACGGUGAUAGUGCCACCAAACAAGCCAGUGAUUUACACCGAGGACGGUAGAAGUUUGGCGAAGGUGUUGCAGCCGUUCAACGAGGGUAGCGUGUUGUCCUUGUUGUGCGAGGUAAUGGGGGGUUCACCGCCACCGAAGGUCACGUGGCAUUUCGAGGGAGAGAUAGACGACACGUACACAUUGGAGCACGGGGACAUCACGAUAAAUCGUCUCGACAUCACGAACGUCACGAGGAAGUUCCUCAGAGCGAGGCUAAUUUGUCGGGCGAGCAACACGCAUCUCGUUGCUCCUCUUACCUCCGAGAUUAUUUUGGAUAUCAAUCUGAAACCGUUGGUGGUGAAUAUUACGAACAAAGAAGCGCACUUGUCGGCGUUAAAAACCUACGAGAUUGAAUGCGCCAGUUCGGGUUCCCGGCCAGAAGCUGUGAUCACCUGGUGGAAGGGAAACCACCAGGUCAAACAUAUGGCCAGAAAUUUUGCAGAUAGUCCGAACAUCACGAGAAGCGUGCUGAGUUACGUGCCGACUAUGGAGGACGAUGGAAAGUAUCUGAUCUGCCGGGCAGAGAAUCCAGUUGUAACUAAUAGCGCUCUCGAGGAUAAAUGGCGAUUACUUGUUCACUAUGCGCCAAUAGUGACAAUCAAGCUAGGUUUGAGUCUGAAGGCGAACGACAUAAACGAAGGCGAUGACGUCUAUUUCGAAUGCGACGUUCAAGCGAAUCCGAAAGCGUACAAGCUAGUGUGGUACAAAGAUGGCAAGGAGCUCCAUCAAAACUCGACUGCACGAAUUUUUCUUCCCAGCGGGCAAUCUUUGGUUUUGCGAAGCGUGACUAGAAAUUCCGCCGGCGAAUAUUCGUGUAUGGCAGUCAACGUCGAGGGCAAAUCCACCAGUAGACCAGUCACAUUGGACAUAAUGUACGCGCCUGUCUGCAAGGACGGCUCGUCCACUCAAGUUGUCGGCGCCCUGAAGCACGAGACGAUUUCCCUGGUGUGUGGCGUACAAUCGAAACCGCCGCCUAUCACUUUCCACUGGACGUUCAACAAUUCCGGGGAGCUGAUGAACGUCCCGGCCAGCCGAUUCACGCAGGUGAAGCCGCUCAGCCUGAUCACCAGCCACUGGCACGGCUCCAGGUUGAAUUAUACACCGGCCAACGACAUGGACUACGGGACGGUCGCCUGCUGGGCGAAAAACAAGAUAGGCGUGCAAAAGACGCCGUGUCUUUUUCAGAUCAUCGUCGCCGGGAAACCUUAUCCCCUGCAGAAUUGCACGGCCCUGCAGUCGACCGGUUCGUACGCGUAUCGAAUGGGUCACGAGGAUUUCAAAGUCACGGACUCGAGGGACGCUGACUGGUUGAUCGUCAGAUGCUCGGAAGGAUUUGACGGCGGUUUGCCCAUAACUAAUUACGAACUGGAGGUCUACAGCGAGGAGAACGUUUAUCACGUGAACACUAUCUCUCUGAACCACACAGAGAAGUCCGGUCCGGUUUUUGAAGUUCCUGGUUUAGAGCCCGGUCGUAAAUACAGGCUUCAUCUCUACGCUGUCAACGCGAAAGGUCGGAGCGAUCCUGUAGUCCUUGAACCGGUCACGCUCAAAGCAGUCGCCAUGUACACCACCGAUCGCGGAACUUCCGACGACACCACCGACUACAGCCUCCUGGUCGCUUGCUUCGCCGGUGGGGUGACGGCCGUGUGCAUUCUGAUCGUCGGCGUGAUCGUCACCCUGUAUCGUCGCAAUCAUCCGAUGCAGCCGAUGAAAACGCACACGGAGGUGGUGCAUUACGGCAACAAAGAGGACAGGGUGGUCAUAGCCCCGUUAACCAAGGACACCAGCGACGAAGUUAAAAGGGAAAUGACCAACGAUGUGGCCGACGACGACCCGGACGUGAUACCGAGCAAGAUGGACAAGAGGCCCGACAUCUUCCAGCCGAAUUACGAGAGCCUGAAGUCGGAGAGGACGAAAGAUUUCGGUCGUUUGGAGGAGCUGGAUCAUCCGACGUCGUCGAUACCGCUCGCGAAGGACUCGUGGAUCUAUCCGAACGGGUACGUGAAACAGGUGGAGAAGAGCCUGAGCCCGUUACGACCUAGCACGCUACCCGUUCACCGCAGUCACGACAUUUACACGAGAAGUUCGCGUGUUCAAGAGAGCUGUAUAUAGAUGGUAUUGAUGGUUUGUUGACGAUUAUGGCGUCAUCGGCUGACGCUGACCAAACUGACGAGACCGCGACUCAUUUUUCAGGACUGCCGAGAUCAGAAAUGCUGAUGCAUUUUGUUCGUAUGUGUCAGCUUUAACGUUCGAUGGUUGCUUGGGUGAUUGUCAUUCGGGGAUACUGUGAUUAAUGGAAGUAGCUUAGCUGAAUUGAGAGGGAGAGAGAGAGAGAGAAAGAGAGAGCGAGAGAGAGAGAGAGCGAGAGAGAGAGGAAGUUGUACGUUUGGAAGAAAAAGGGGAGAAGGUAAGUAAAUUUACUUAAAUAAAUUUUGGGAAUUUAACCCUCUAUAAUGAAUCGUGAAAAUAUUCGAUCGUUUAUGGGAAAUCUUUAUCGAUAUACUCUCUGCGCGCGCGCGCGCGCGCGUGUGUUACAUAGAAAAUUUUGAAAUUUUACCGUGAUCGUGUCAAAUUUGAAACAAAUCUAAAAAUAUGCACGUGUAUGUAUAGAAAUAUUUAAUUUUACGCAAAAAGUAUCAGUUUGAAAGUGUACGUUACAUAAAAUUAAUUUGUAUCGCAGAAGACAAUUUUUAUUCACGCUGUAUAUUAAUUUUUCUUUUUAAAUAUACGCUUGAAAUUACUGUCUCGUAACUUCUACGAUCUACAUUUUCGAAUAAUAAUCAUAACAAUCAUCUCUCAUUAUAAUACUAAAGAAAUUUCAAAAUGUUUUAUCCAACACACGAUUGUCCUACGAUAAAUAUUCGAAUAUUUUCGCAAGGCACACACGUAUUAGCAUAUGUGAAGCUUCAUUAUUUGUUUCAAGUGUGAUAUACGUAAACUCGUGUCCUCCAGUUACGUGUAUCGUUUGAAAUGCAGUUGCAAGUUCUUCAAUAUUUCAAACGAUGCAACGAAUACGCACAAAAUUCAAAUUACCCAUUCACAGUCAUUCCAUGAUUCGCGCUACUGUGGAAAAUUCUCGACGCAGAAUGAUUAAUAACAUUAAUCCUCGAUGCUGAAAUUGUGUUCUAUUUCAUAGAAUCUAGCGAAUCAUGCUAUUAUCGAAUUUUUAAAACUAGCCUGAAUAGCAGAAAGUGUCGUUUCUCCGUCGAGUAAAUUUUUCAAGCUGCAAGUUUUUACAUGUUUUCACAAUCAAUCUGGAUUUUCUUUUCUCGUACAGCAUCAAUAGUCUCUUUGCAAGGUAGGUGUGUUUACAAUAAAGUAGAAAUGUUACUCACGAUUUUCUACGGGGAAGUAAGUGAAAAUUGCUCGCGAUCGAAGAAUUUAUUCGUACAGAUUUUUUAACUCGCAGUUAGAUUAGUUCGUAAUUGAAAUUGACAAAUUUACGCGGCGACGAAAACCCAGUUUCGAUUUACCAUGGUCGACUGAAAAAUUUCUAUUUCGAAAAGAAUUUUUAUACACGGUUGAAAUUGACGGAUUUAUAAACUGUCGAACAACUAUUUCAACUCAUCUUCAUCAGAAAUUUCUAUUCCAAGAUGAACGUUCGAAAUUAAUAAAUUCGUGUAAUGUCGAACAUCUAUAUAUCUCGCUCAUCAUUCAGCUUGAUCAUCUCUAUAAGAACAAAUUUCUAUUUCGAAACAAAUCGAUUACGAUUUUACAAAAGUCGACACUUGCACAAUCCAACAGUCCCUGCAUUUCCAAUAAUUUGUUUUCUCUUAGCGAGAACGAAUGAAAUUCCAAUUAUAGAGGGUUGAAGAACGAAUCGUUUGAGGAGUGACAUUCCCGAGCCUCGGAAACUUUCGAAAUAGGUUUUUAUUCGCGUGGAAGUCGGAAGGAACGGGCGCGGCUCACACUUCACUGUCCUAUCGCGAAACUACGAUUGACUCAUGCCAAAGAGAAAAGAAAGAAAGGAAAAAGAAGCAACGCCAAGUAUGGCGAACGACGUUUGUAAAUAGACAAUAAGUAUCGUUAAGAUUCCCUCCUGAACUGUCGCGAGGUCUUGCUCUUAUUUUUCAUCUAGAUUUUAAUUAAUCGUAAAUAUGAAUGUAAAAGAGAAAGAAAAGCAAAGGAGAGUAAAGCAAAAAGAAUAAAAAGAAAGGAGAGGAGAUAAGGAAUGGAGCGUCUCGUUCGUAACGACGUUUGUAAAUAUAUAGACAAUAAAUUUUUCUUCCUUGAAUGUUCGUCUCCCAAGUCGAAAAAGCUUCCCGCAUUUCCGAUAUCGUCGUCGGUAACGUGGUUUCUCAUGUUGAACAUUGUUCCGUGUGAAUAAUUGGUGUAUCGUGCGAGAAUGAGCGCGCUUCACUGGCGAACGCGUUUACGCUUGGUCAGUCAACCGGUCGAAUCUUUUAACGAGCAUGUAAACGUUUGUAUAUAUGAGUAAUAAACCUCGUUGUUUAAUAA